AUGAGGCUGUUUCCACUCGGCGUGGCAGCCCGGUCACACGGGGCUCACGUGUCGAAAUGGAGCUUUGGGAAAUGUGCUAUUGCCGGUACUGCUUGCCGACAACGACGACGACACUUUUCCAGCCUCAAGUCCAGCCUCAAGUCUGCCAGAAGUGAUGACGUCGACGACUCCGACUCCCUGAGAAUCCUCUUCUGCGGCACCGACCAGUUCAGCGUGGCCUCGCUGCAGGCUCUGGCCCAGUACUCCAAGACCCGCGGCAGCAACGUCCGCUCCAUCGACGUCGUGACCAGGACCGACAAGCGAGUCGGCCGGGGCCGCAAGCUCGUCAGGCCGCCGGCCAUCAAGCCCGCCGCGCAGGAGCUGGGGUUGCCCGUGCACCAGAUCGACACGUUCAGGGGUUGGAGUCCGCCCACCACGGCAGCAGCUUGCAACCUGAUCGUCGCCGUCUCGUUUGGCCUGUUGAUCCCGCCGCGAAUCCUCGGGGCCGCGAAAUACGGUGGUCUCAACGUCCACCCGUCCAUGCUCCCGGAUCUCUCGGGCCCGGCGCCGAUCCAAUGGGCCAUCAUCCUCGGUCGAGAGAGGACCGGUGUCUCGCUGCAGACGCUCCACCCGACGCGCUUCGACGAGGGCAUCGUCCUGGACCAGACGCCGCCUCCGGGGCUGGAAAUCCCGCAUCCCAACGACAUCACGGCACAAGAACUCACGAGCUACCUAGCUCUCAUUGGCGCCCAGAUGUUGGUCAAUGCCAUCCGGAACCGUCUUUACAUCCCGCCCUACAAUGCUGUGGAUUCCAGCAAUAUGGCGGGCAAGGACCUGACGCGUGCUCCAAAGAUCACGAGCGAGCUAUGCGCCAUCGACUUUGAGGCACUCACGAAACCCGAGAUCAUCAGGCGAAACCGGGCACUUCAGUCUCUUCAUGGAUUUGUGAGGUUCGGCCCCGAGCCGUCCCAGGUGCUCCGUAUCAAUUUCGGAGCGGACAUGAGGAAUAUAAGAGAUGGAGACGUCCCAGAAGAAGUCCGGGUGGCAGCGCAAGCAAUGCCGGCUGGCGUUCCCUACGCAAUUAUUGCUGCACACGAGAAUGUCAACGAGAGUUCAGAGCCUCUAAUCAUCAACGCGCGGCCAGACAAGUAUCAAGAGGGGUGCCAAAUUGUCAUUCCCACCAUCACUGUCUCGUCCAGGGCAAAAGGUCCGGGCGCAGGAGCAGCCGCCCGUGCCAAAUUCUUCUCACAGCCCGAAGUCUUUGGCAAGUACAAGUUGUAUCGUUUCUCCCACCCUAUCUCUGGAUUUCCAGAACCACCAUUCGUUGAAUGCACGGCACCUCCACCAAAACUUGGUCCCAGCGGUCUAACGAAUGACAACACCCGAAUCUAG